UAAAGAAAAUGAUUCAGAAUUCGUGGAAAGAAGAUAACUUUAAUUGUAUAAAAAUAGAGGCCAAAUAUUCUCAAGACAUAAAUAAUUCCCAAAUACUACUAAGAUAUCAAUGAAAAUUGAAAAUAUGCCCAUUAAUCCACUUCAAAGAUUUCUCCUGCAAUAUCCCGUGUUAUCAGAAAUGAUUACAAAACAUGGAGAAAAAUCUUUGUUUGUUACUUGCCCUUCCUCCCCAUCCCCACCAAGAAAACACUCAUAUAGAUGAAUUAAUAAAAUGUACUCAAUCUGGUAAGAACAUUCUGUAACAUGAUGUGUGCAGGCUGCCUUUAGCUCAUUUUGUUAGUAGGAUUAAUUUUCAGAAAUCUAAGACUUUCAUGUUAAUCCUAGAUAAUACUAGGUUUGGUACAUUAAAAUAAUCAGAUUACAGUGAAUGUCAAUGCCAUUUGAUUUAAAAUGUUAUGGAGUACAGAACAGGAACUAUUGACCUCUCUCUACAAAAUGAUAACUUGUCUGAUAAUCUCAGACAUCUGCUUCAAGUCACUGUGAAAAAGCUGGCUUUGUUUAUCCAAAUAUUAGUUUUCUAUAGCAAGUAAAAAAUAAAUAUGUGGACUUUAUUAAAAAAAAAUGUACAAAUAUUGUAUAAGAAAUUAGUAUAUGAAACUAUCUUCUGCAUAUGCAACACUGAACUGCCACCUGCUACAAGCAAUUAGCAGAUCUGUGUUUUCAGUUAAAAAAUGCUAUCCUGCCUAGUUGUUUUAACUAAUUUGAUUCAUGUGCUUUCCUUUUGCAUCUCCCUCAUUCUCCAUUCUAUUUACUCUUGAUUGGCUGCAGCAGGACUAAUGCCCAUUUUAUUUCUGGUUAAUCUAAUUAAGUAAAAACCUGGGAUUGUGAUGUCAGUACAUUAGUAGAAGGAAGUAACGCUUCCUCUAGGAAGGAUAGCAGUUCUGACCUUGCUGAGAAGCAUGUCAUGGUUUAACUGCAGGAUGAAAAUAAAGCGAGACAAACUGCAAUAAUAACACCACCUUGUUCUCUGGUAAUAUAGUUUAAAGUGAGAUUAUGGCUUGUGGAUUGCAGAUAAAAGAUGAAGACAGUGGCUAUAACAAAAACCUGUUCUGCAUUCCUAAGCAUUAUGAAGAAGAUAUAGAAAGAGUUUACAUUCCUCAUGGACUAAUCCUGGACAGGACAGAACGUUUGGCUAGAGAUAUCAUGCAAGAUAUGGGAAGCCACCACAUUGUUGCACUCUGCGUCCUUAAAGGAGGCUAUAAGUUCUUUGCUGACUUGCUGGAUCAUAUAAAAGCACUAAAUCAAAAUGGUGAUAAGUCUGUGCCUAUUACUGUGGAUUUUGUUAGAAUAAAAAGUCACUGUAACGAUUCACCUACAGAGAAAAUCAGUAUUGCUGGAGAAGAACUGUCUGCAUUAAAUGGGAAGAAUGUGUUAGUAGUAGAGGAUAUUAUUGAGACUGGUAGAACAAUGAAGGCACUGCUUUCAAAACUGAAGGACAAUGAACCAAAGAUGAUAAAAGUAGUAAGCUUGCUCAUUAAAAUGACAAACCGAAGUUCAGGUUACAGACCAGACUAUAUAGGUUUUGAAAUUCCAGAUAAGUUUGUGGUUGGAUAUGCCCUUGACUAUAAUGAAUACUUCAGAGAUCUGAAUGUAAGUACAUAUGAAUGUACCUUGACUGUUACAUGCUUGUUAGUUACCUGUGGUAACAGUAAUGAAUAUUACCUUAUAGUAGGUGCUUGUAGACGACUAACAAAACUUCAAAUUGACUAGAUACUUUCAUGAAAAAAAAAAAAGGGGGGCAAAAACAUUAAUACGAUCAGACCAUAAUUUAAGUGCAGGACUACUAGUCCAUGUCUUACCUAUCUAUGAAUCUGCUUCACAAGCCUAGUAGCUCAGCCUUGCCAUGUAGUAUCC